AUGUUCUGCCCGCGGGGAACCUUGCAUCUACAGUUUGUAAGUUCAGUUGACGAUGGAAUGCUAUCCUCCCUGGAGGCGCGGAUUGUAGAUUUGGAGAGAGAGCUGGCAAAACUCCGAAAUGAGCCCCGGGAGCGCAACGGGAGUAAGCAGAAACUGAAAACAGAGGAUGUCGAAACGAAAGUGCCUUUGGAAAGGCUUACUCGGCAUGCCAGCGAGACAAAGGACGAAACGGACCCUUUGGAUUUGUCGCAGGACAUCGAAGGCUUGAAAAUGGAGGACGAUGGGCGGAUAUCUUUUCAUGGGCCUACAAGCUUAUUCCAACUACCGAGCGGUGCUCCGAGGGAAAAUCUAGGCCCUACCCAGGCGCAUCAGGGGUUGGAUGGCCGAAAAGAGAGACUGAUAAACAACGCUUGGAGAGAGCGCGCUUUUGAACAGCUCGCCACCAUUCCUGAACCUUUUCAUUAUCUCCUUGACUCGCAUUGGUGCUGGAUACACCCGCUUUUUAAUUUCGUCUACAGACCAGCGUUUACCCGUGACAUGAAGAUGAACGGACCGUAUUACUCAGAGGUUCUUUUAAAUGCCAUUCUCUCCCACUCUCUCCGAUGGUGCAAAAGCGAGCCUAAAAUCAGCCGCCUUCUUGAUCCGUAUGACGGAGGCACUCAGUUCUUCAACAGAGCAGUCGACGGCCUUUACGAUAGUCUUAAACAAGGAGAUGGACGAAUACCAAUCGUACAAUCCCUGCUGCUAUUGAGUGCGCAAGAGUGUGGUCGUGGAAACAGAACCCAGGCGUGGCUUUAUUCCGGCAUGGCAUUUCGAUUGGUAGAAGAUUUGGGAAUAACAAUUGAUAGUCGAAAAUACUCGGGCUCCGUUCAAUUUUCAGACGAGGAUGUGGAAAUUCGGAACCGGCUGUUCUGGAGCUGUUAUUUUUGGGAUAAACUAGUUUCCCUGUAUUUCGGCCGAUCCCCAAUAAUCCAAGAUACUCCAGUUAGCCCACCUCAGAUGUUAUUGGACGACACGACUGAAAUCGAAAUAUGGACGCCGCAUGGAGUUGUUUUUCCGGAAGGCACUCACUAUCCCCCAACCCAAGCUCAUUCCACAUCCUGCUUUAUGAGGAUGUGCUCCCUAUCUGAAAUUUUGAAUCAGAUUCUCAUACAUAUUUACAACCCCGUCCGCCAAAGCACCGAGGCUGAGAUACUUCAAUGUGUACAUGAACAAGGGCACAAACUGGAAACAUGGUGGAAUGAGCUGCCGCCGUUCCUGAAGCUCAUCGUUAAUGAUCUACCUGCCUACUGCCCUCCAAGUCAUAUCGUCACGCUAAAUUGUAUAUACCACAUCACCAAUAUCCUUCUCCAUCGACCAAUUUUAUGCUCAAAACCUAAACGAGGCUCGAAAAAUGCAGCAGACAAUGCUAAUCACUUAGUUCAAUGCCUUUCUUCCGCUACAUCGAUCAUCUCUCUUUACGAUCUUUACCGACGAACUUUUGGUGAUUCUCAUGUCGUACUAUCCCUUGCGUACAGCCUUUACACGGCAGCCUCGAUAUUUUUAUUGGAGAUUCAAGCGCUCAAAUACGCUUCCGCCUCGACCUUGGAGAAACUUCGGUAUUGCAUAGUUGCUCUAGAGCGUGUAAGAUCUGCAAAUCCAGUUAUUCAUACUGCUCUUGGUCUUGUUGAGAAAGAGCUACAAAAACUGAACAUCAAUAUUUUGGAUCCUCUGAACCCGGAUGCGAACCGCGCGAACUCCCGGUUAUCGCAUCAAUCGCCCCAAGAUACCCACCAGUUAGACUCAGAGCAGCAACAGCAUACACUUCAGUCGCCUUUGACCUACACAGUUCCUCCCCAUGGGGCGUUCAGCAUUACACCUCCCCCGUUGACAGAAGACUCCAAUGCGGCCUUUACUGGGGACCCUACAUUACUAAACCCGGCAGAGCUCUCUCAGGAUCAUAUGUAUGAUAUAGCGCCUGAGCUCUUCGAGGCGUUCUCCUACGUAGAACCUAUCCCGACAAAUGUGGGAACUAGUGGGUUUGAUAAUGGAUGGGCAACUACAGGUAGCAAGCCGGAACAAACAUUUUAA